UCCACGUGAAAGAAUAAUACACCAAACUCAUUGGGAAACCAUUAUCCAAUGGGGCCUUUAUAAACAACACCUUUGAUGUUUCUCCUCUUUUCAUAAUCUCAUUGGCAUUUGAAAUGGCUUUGUUUGUUUUCCUUCUCUUUUUCUUCCUCACCUCAAUUGCUAAUGCUUGUGAUCGCUGUGUUCACCAAUCCAAAGCUGCCUAUUACUCAAAUGAUUCGCCACUUUCAUCUGGCGCUUGUGGUUAUGGCUCUUUAGCUCUUCCCUUGUUUAACGGACACCUGGCUUCGGGCAUUCCUUCUCUUUACAAAGAAGGUGUUCGUUGUGGCGCAUGCUAUCAGAUAAGGUGUAAGGACAAGAAAGUUUGCAGCAGAAGAGGGACCAAAGUCAUAUUGACUGAUCAAAAUGUACAAAGCAACAGAACUGAUUUUAUUUUGAGUAAGAAAGCUUUCUCUGCCAUGGCUCAGAAGGGCCAUGCCAAGACUAUUUUGAGACAUGAGACUCUUAACAUUGAAUACAAAAGGAUGCCUUGUGAAUACAAAAAACAAAAUUUGUCAGUAAGAAUUGAAGAGUGGAGCAAAAAGCCUCAUCACAUGGCUCUCAAGUUCUUAUUCCAAGGUGGGCAGACAGAUAUAGUUUUGGUUCAUCUUCAUCCGGUGAAUGGGGGAAGAACGGCGUUCAUGAGCAGAAGACAUGGCACGGGGGUAUGGGAAAUCGACACGAUGCCGGAAGAGGCAGUGAUGUUUCAAAUGAGGGUGAUUUCGGGGUUCGACGGGAUGUGGAUCAGGGCGGAGCGGGUGGUACCGCCAGACUGGAAGCCAGGGAUGAUCUACGACCUUGGAGUUCAGAUAGAUGCCAUUGCCAAAGGACAAGAGAGUUGUAAACAAUGCGAUGAAGGGCAUUGGUGAUUAAUGGACAAAAUAAAAAAAACACAAGACCAUAUGACAAUUAAAUAAUGGUCGUCUAUUUGAGGUUUUCUUUUAGCAUGUUUUUGGUUAUAAUUAAAUAAAUCCCUAUAAUAAUGAUCUCUUA